CGUGUGACGCGCCGAUCGCGGAAGCGGCUGUGGGGCCGCUCCACUCAGGUAGCGGCCUCUCCUUCGCCCCCUCCCCGGGCAGCGGCUCCGAACGUUCGCGCCGCCGCGCUUACGUCACCGCCUCUCCCAGCCUGCGUGCGCAUGUGCCGCCCCCUGCCCCCCUCAGUGGUAGUGUUAGGGGUGCAGGGCGGCCCCGCGUGGGGUUGGGGCUUCUGCUGGCUCUGCAGGGUGGGCAGCUGCCCCUUAUCCUGGGGCUUAGCAGCUUCCCUCCCUACACAGGCACAGCUUGGGCAGCGCCAUGGCACCACGCCCUUGGCGAGCAGUGGCGGUGGGCGUUGCGGUGCUGCUGCGCCUGGGGCUGGUGGUCUACGGGCAGUACCAGGACGAGGCCCUGGAGGUGAAGUACACGGACCUCGACUACCAGGUGCUCACAGAUGCAGCCCGGCACGUGGCCGCGGGGCACUCACCCUACCGCCGGACCACCUACCGCUACACCCCGCUGCUGGCCUGGCUGCUUGUCCCCAACGUCUGCCUCUCAGAGCUCUGCGGCAAGCUACUCUUCAUCGCUGGCGACGUGGUGGCUGCCUGCCUGGUGGAGCGUGUCCUCCGCCUGCGGGGGCUGGAGCCUGGCGCCGCCUGCAGCUACUGUGCCCUCUGGCUGCUCAACCCGCUGCCCAUAGCUGUGUCCAGCAGGGGUAAUGCAGAGUCCCUGGUCGCCGUGCUUGUGCUGGCCACCGUGUAUUACUUGGAGAGAAGAGACAUCACAAAAGCAGCUGUGUUUUAUGGCCUUUCCGUGCACAUGAAAAUCUACCCGGUGACUUAUGCCCUGCCCAUCUCCCUGCACCUGGGCCAUGGCAGAGGGCCAACAGAGACUGUCCCAUCGAAUGCAUCCAAGCUUGGCUUUGCGAGCUACUUUGGGCAGCUUUUCUUCAGGCUGCUGAGCCCGGAUGUGUUGCUUUUUGGGGCGGUGGCUGGCAGUACCUUUGCUGCCUUGGGCCUUGCAUGCUACUCCCUGUACGGUUGGGAGUUUCUGGAGCACGCCUACCUCUACCACUUGACCAGGAGGGAUAUCCGGCAUAACUUCUCCCCCUAUUUCUACAUGUUGUACCUGACUGCAGAGAGCGAAUGGAGUUUUGCCCUCGGUCUCGCCGCUUUCCUGCCACAGCUGCUCUUGCUUCUAGUAGUGUCCUUGGCCUAUUACAAAGACUUGGCCUUCUGUUUCUUCCUGCAUACCGCCAUCUUUGUGAGUUUUAACAAAGUGUGCACAUCCCAGUAUUUCCUUUGGUACUUGUGCCUGCUGCCACUCGUCAUGCCUGCUAUCGGGAUGUCUUGGCAUCGGGGUGUACUGCUUCUCCUUCUGUGGUUUAUUGGACAGGCACUGUGGCUGACUCCUGCCUACUUCCUGGAGUUUAAAGGAAACAACACCUUUUUACUUAUCUGGUCAGCAGGCUUGUUCUUCCUUUUUAUUAAUUGCUUCAUCCUAGUUCAGAUUAUUUCUCACUAUCAUAAAGGAACACAAGUGGCCAAGAAAUCCAAGGCACAUUAAUAUUAGGUCUGUAUGCAAGUCAAAUUCUGCAAGCAGUUCUGUUGAGGAAGCUGCUUACCUGGGUAACUUGGUUUAGUAAAAGUGUAUGUACUGUAUUCAGGAGUAUAGGUUGUAGCCUUGUUAGUCUAGUAAAAGAUAUCAAAUUUACCAAAAGAACCUUGUCUGCCUAUGUCUUUAGACCAACUCAGUUGGAGAAAUUCUUCUUUGCAAGCUUUCAGAUACAAAUACCCUUCGUCAAGCUGCUUGAAGAUUAUUUUUACCCGAAAGCUUGCAAAGAAAUUUUUUUCCCACUAUUUGAGUUGGUCUAAUAAAAGAUACCACUUUACCAACAAAACUUUGUCUGCCUAAGUUUUGUAUAUACACUGCACUGAGGUGUAUCUUAUGCAGAUGCUGCUUUCUAGUACUCUAAAUGUGUUGUUUUUUUUAAACUGAGGUCUUUGGUCUCAGUUUGGGAACAGAGUCAUAUGAAGUUGCAGAGGGGUAUUACCAUGGUGAGAUGCUGUCAUACUCCUUAAAAAUACAUUUAAGCUGGUGGAAAAAAAACAUGAUUUAAAGCAAUCAGUUAUCAAAUGCUUAUGGACAGUACUUUUGUUUCUGCUAUACAUUUUUGGUAUAUAUAACUUGUUAUGUAUUUGAUUUUUCUUAAUGAAAUGGGAAUGCUGCAGACCUUACAACUCGUUAACUUCCCAAAACAGUACCAUUCCUGCUUUUCUAUUUCCCAGAAGUUUUGUCCACAUUCCUGUUCUACCAGUGUGGGAGGCUUCUACAUGGUUUGAUGAAAGACAUUGCCUUAGGCGUUAUCCACACUGGUGUUUUUUCUAAAGCUUGGCAGCACUGCACCAAUGUCAGAAAAAGCUCAAUAGUAUUAAUGCUAACUUGUCAGAGUCCAGUAAUUUUACUGCUGUAUUAUCUAGGCCAGCUCUGAAUGGUGGUGGACAAGAAGAAAUAAGCUGGCAGCUGCUCUAUAGGAAGGCUCUCGCCAGUAGAAACAUUUUAGACCAGAGCUACUGUAGAGAGGGAUCUCACAAAUAGUAGUAAAUUAAAGCAGACAAUCCAAUUGUAUCUACUUUUACAUUUAUCAUGAUAUUUUGUACGAGAAGUACAAAGGCUGUCUUGGCCUUACAUACUGAUGUUUGCAGUUUCACUGAGCAGGACAUCCUUCAGUUGUUCUGAGCUGUUACCUAGCAUCAUUCUGUUAUAAUACACAACUCAUCAGAUCUGGUGUAUGGUCUAUGACAGUCACAAUGGUCUAAUGCAUCAAAGGAUGAAGCAGUAGGCAGCACAGUAUGUGGGGCUGUUUCUUUUUGUCUGCCUUGAGAUGUUCAACACGCUGCCUUACAUUUGAUAUCUGCUGGCCUUUCUCUUAAAUACAUAUCACCAAAUAAUCUGACUUCUUUUCUCUUUAAUUAUGUCAUCUGAAUUGUUAAUAUUUUUUGUCUAUAUGGGAGAUGGAGUCUGUCUCAGGGUUUUUUAAAGCAUGCUACGGUAUCUUGUUUUCUAUCAUUCCAAUGGUGUGAGCGCUUAAAAAUGAAAAUUACUUUUACUUGGCUGAUUUUUAUUUUUUUUUUAAUAGGGAUAGAUUUUUUGCAGUUAUAUCCUAACCUUGGUAUGGAACAGUCCAUUAAUAGUGUUGUAUAUCAGUGUGCUGCAGGAUCUAAGGAAGUAUUUAUGUCCCCCACAACUUUUAUCAAUUUUUUUCUUUUCACCAUUGGUAAGUACAGUGUGUUUGUACACUGAAUAAGCAUGAGACCAGAAACGUUCCAGGUGUGAAAGCAUUAUCACAUACAAGGUUUGGUGGCCUGCAGCUAACAGGAUGGAUUGCUCUUUUUUCUUUUAUUCCUCUGUAAUCAAUGCAUAUGAAACUAUCUAUAAAUACCAGGCAAUGUGGGUACCUUUUCUGUAAGCAGGGUAGUUCAAUAUUUGUUUUUAUGUUCAGUUAAAACAAUUCAUUCCUACCCUCAUUUUGUCCUUCAUUUGUCUUUUUAAAUUGUGAUCUUCGCAGGAUCAUCUUUGCUAUUUUAUACUGUAAGGAGCAUACUGUAAGCCAUCCUUAUUUAUGAUAAAGGAAAGAUUCUUAAGAUUUUUUGUUUAUGGGCUGGAAACUGCUCAUGGCAAUGUGACAGUAUGAUGUUAAAGAUGCAUUGUACUGUGAAGUACUGAAAAUAAAUUUUUUUUUUAACUUC